GUGGGGGUGUCGGUUGUUGACAGUGGGGUUUUCCCCCCCCACCCCGGAGCUCGAGGACGGCGAGCCUGAGCGGCUGCAGCCGGCAACAUGCACCGGUUCCGAAAGUGGCUGUACAAACCCAAGAGGUCAGACCCACAGCUCCUUGCCCAGUUCUACUAUGCAGAUGAAGAGCUAAAUCAGGUUGCAGCUGAACUGGAUAGUUUAGAUGGACGGAAAGACCCACAAAGAUGUACGCUGCUGGUCAACCAGUUCCGUUCCUGCCAGGAUAAUGUGCUGAAUAUAAUCAACCAGAUAAUGCAGGAAUGCAUUCCAAAUGAACGAGCAAACCGGGAUUUCUGUGUCAAGUUUCCAGAGGAAAUACGGCAUGAUAAUCUGGGAGGACAGCUUUGGUUUGGAGCUGAGUGUUUAGCUGCUGGUUCAAUUAUCAUGAAUCGUGAAAUAGAGAGCAUGGCGAUGCGACCUUUGGCCAAAGACUUAACCCGCAGCCUAGAAGAAGUACGAAAUGUUAUCCGUGACCAGUGCCUCAGAGACUUGAAUGUCUAUACUGACAAAAUGAAGGAGUCCCUCAAACAAUUUGAUGGCUUGUUUGCAGAAUUUGAACUAUGUUAUGUCUCUGCGAUGGUACCUGUGAAAUCUCCUAAAGAAUAUUACGUACAGCAAGAGGUCAUUGUUCUGUUCUGUGAAACAGUUGAAAGGGCCUUAAAGCUUGGAUACCUCACACAAGAUUUGAUUGAUGACUACGAGCCAGCAUUAAUGUUUACAAUUCCUAGACUAGCCAUUGUCUGUGGUUUAUUGGUUUUCCCUGAGGGGCCUUUGAACUUGGAACGCAAGCUAGAAGAUAUGUCUGACCUGUUCAGACCAUUUCGCACAUUACUGCGAAAAAUAAGGGACCUACUACAGACCUUGACAGAAGAUGAGCUGCACACUCUUGAACGUAACCUCUGUAUAUCCCAGGAUGGUGAAUUUUCUGCUGAUCCAGAGGUACCCUCUACCAUUCCUCCAUCUGUAGUUCCUGAUAAACUCGUUCAAGAUAAAUUGUGUGUAAAAGCUGAAAAUACAGACGCUGAACUUGCAUGUUCCAUGCAGUAUGAUGAGGAGGAGCUGGAACAGCUUAACUUAAUGGUACACAGGGUGGGGGAUGAAAUGUCCUGUCUGCUCUCUCCUCCAAGUGUGUGCCAGUCACCAGCUCACAAGACUGUGCUGAAACACAACCGUAACCCAGGGCUCUCGGCAACGACAUCAUACCUUGAGCUUUCUGGCGUAAGGCGUGAAGCUGAAGAAGAGGAACGGGUAUUUUUCAUGGAUGAUUUGGAUGGAGCAGCUGAUGCCUUUGCUGGAAUGGACACACCAGGAGAAUCACUUACUUGGGCUGAUGAUUCUUGUCCACCUAAACAGGAAGGCAAGUUGCUUCUUCCACAUGAGGACGCAGGCAUGGUGACGGAGAGUUGUAAUGAGGAAACAGUCGAAGCAAAAGAGGUACCGCACAAACCAAGCAAUAACAAUUCACUACCUCUGCAAGGACAAGCCAACCAAAAGGAAAAUAACACAGCAGAAAUGUAUUGUAACUGUUUGGAUGCAUCUGAAUCCAGUUCUUACCUCAAUGGUUGGACUGCAGGUACUGAUGUACAACCCAGUGAAACUGCAGAAAAAAUAGCACAUAGGACAGGUGGAAUGAAAAUUUCUGCAACUGUUAUCUUUAACCCCAAAUCUCAGUGUCUCUCUUGCUCCUCUGAAGCUGAGAGUGUAAUAAAUUGUGAUUCUGUCUGCUGUCAGGUUUCUUCAGAUGACUCCCCAGUGCAAGGCCCUGCUGACAUGAAAAAUGAAGUAAAUCGUUGUGUUCACCGUGCUGCCACUCAGGAUGGUCGAGUUUUCAACAGUUCUGAACCAGUGGAUGUCAAUUCAUUGAAGGAGCCUGUAGAUGUUGGGGAUUCUAGUUUAUCUAAAGAACAAGGUCAGCAACAUAAAAGCAACUGUGCAUCACCUUCACAGGAGAGGAUAGAAAAUGAGAUCCCAGGUGGAUCAUGGACAGAAAGGGCCAUCACCAAACGGGAGCACAAAACCUCAAAAUGCAAGUGCCUGGCACAAUCCUCAGGAAAACACACACAAGAAGGAGGGCAACAAACAGAAAUGGAUGUGUGUUGCCAGCAGCGAAAGAUGGAAAGGAGGAGGCAGCCAAUUGGAGGGAAGGAAACUAAAGAGGAGCCACAUGUUAAAGGCCAUGUGGUAGAUGAUGAAUUGGAGGAAGAUGGGAAGGUACAAAUUGUUUCUGACCUGUCGGAGGGCCACAGAACUAAGCAGAGUUCUCAAGAUCCCAUCCAAGAUUCUCCCAUCAGCUCCAUAUCCAGCAGUGACUGUGAGAGUGUUUCGGUCACAACCUGUAGUCUUUCCAGCACCUAUACUCCAAGCCCCGUUGGCAGUCUGACUACAAGUUCCUACACCUCCGAGGAUGUAGAUCAAGAGGAGAUCCAACUCGCACUUUUGGCUGCCAAAGUUGCCACGAGAGAAAAGAUCCGAGCCCGUUUCCAUAGCAGCAGUGAUCUUAUUCACAGACUUUUCGUGUGCAUUGCAGGUGUUGCUGAUCAGCUACAAACUAACUAUGCAAGUGACCUGCGAAGCAUUCUUAAAACCCUGUUCGAGGUCAUGGCAACGAAGUUAGAAUAUGAGGGCAGCAGGACAGAGAAGAUAGGUGACCAGACGUUGAGAAGUCCUGCACUAGAAGACUGUGCUUUAUGUCGAGAAAGUGUUUCUUCCUCUGACAUUGCUAACAAGGCAAGAGAUGAGGACCUUGAAGAUCCUCCAGAAUGGGUACCAGAUGAAGUCUGCAGUUACUGUACUGCAUGCAAGGCACCGUUCACUGUGAUCCGAAGAAAGCAUCAUUGCAGAAGCUGUGGAAAGAUCUUCUGCUCACGUUGCUCUUCUCAUUCUGCUCCCUUACCUCGAUAUGGCCAGAUGAAACCAGUCCGGGUCUGCACACACUGCUACAUGUUCCAUGUGACGCCCUUCUACAACGACAAAGCAAGCAUCUGAUAACUGCUGAGUGAGCUGCCGGGUUCUGGCAUGCAUGAACUAGUUCAGUACGAUUGCAACUGAUGGUUGAAUGCCACCAGCGAGAUGUGUUGGCAUUGUUUAUUUUUAGUUGCAAUGGAAAUUUGGAUGAGCCUUUCUUAGACCCAACGAGGUAGUUCUAAAGCUGUAACUCCAAGUGGAAAUUUUUGUACUGACCUUUUUAAAUGCAUUUUGAUAAUGAGCUGCUAAAAGGAAGUACUGAGCUUCCAUAGCUGUUGCUCUGUGGUACGGUCUUCCACAAAUUUGUAUUGGAGCUUGAAAAUAUCCUGAACUGAAGGAAGGCACUACAGGGGUGGUGGGAGAGAGGGAGGAGAAAAGAGAGCUAUCUGGAGGCCUUGCGAUACUAGACCUCCUGUAUCCCUACUGUAGUACACUGAUGACAGUUCCAUGUAUUGGUGUAAGGUUCAUCUAAUCACAGCAGAAAUGUUCCAGAUCUUUGGAGAUCAGGAGAGAUUCUUUGGAAAUCCUAUUUGUACUGCUUAAUCAAAGGCAGUGCCAUCAUCUGUCGAGCAACAGCAGCGUCACUGUUAAAGUUGCUUUCAGCAGAAACCUCACAGUUUGAAUGUUAGAUGAUACAUGAUCUGUAUAGUUUUAUUUUGACAUUCCUGUUAUAUUUUUACAGUCAAUUUAGAUCUCUCUUCCUUUUGAGGAGCAAGUGAUGGCAUUACUUCCUGUGUGGUGGGUUGGCACAGCAUGGCGGUGAACAGAUGCCUACACUGCAAAGUUUUCGAUCCCAAUGGAAAUGUUGAACAAACAGACACCACCUCACUGCUGGAGGUUAUCAGAGGGCGGAUUAACCUUAGGUUUUCCAAUAGCAACCUGCUGCACACACACAUUGGGGAAAGGAGAGAAAAAUUUGUCAGUGAGAUUACGAGUUUGAAACUGCACUUAAAUAAGGUAUUGAUGUUGGAUAGCUACUUGUGUGUGGCUGUAGCAUUUAAAUGGAUAAUCAAUACACACUGUUGAGUUGUACAAUUAAUUGUUAACUUGGCAUCACCUGGAACCCUUACAUAUCUAACCACUUCCAGAAUAUAUGUUCUAGUUUUCUUUCUGAUAAAGGUACCAAGACCAUUUAUGAGACCCGUACUGCAAGAGUGGCUAAACACUAAUAGCCUAAGCUCAGCAAUCAAAGCCGUGGCAACCACAUAUGGACACGCUGUCUUUAUCAGUUAAAAAUUGAGGCUCCCACUUCCCUCCUCCCACACCCCAGAUGUUCUUCCUAUUUUGCCCUGAAGCUAUUUCCUCUUGGCCAAGUGCAGUUCCUUGGGCAUUGAUUUGGUAACUCUCACAAGUAGCUACUCUGCAUUUGUAAGCUGGUGCUGUGUUGAUGAUGUUUGGUAUCACGUUAACCCUCAAUCCUGUUUUGACUGCUUGCCACCAAACUUUGCAAGAGGAAUUUUCUUUCCUGCUCUUCCUCAACCCAAGCUCCAUGGUUAAAAAAAACAAUUGUAGCUUCCCUACUGUUGCUGUUGCUGUUGCAACCAAAAUCAGCAUAAGCCCUGGAACACCUGCCCUCCAUGGCAUAGCAGUACAUUGGGCAGUGCCUUUGCCUGUUUGACCAUUAAGGAGCCCCUAGUCUGGGUGAUGGUUCAGUCCUGUUCCAUCUACUUAACAUCAAAUUAACCGCCCUCAUAUCUAACUGUACUUUUAAAAAAAAUUUCUAUUGCAACAAUAAACAAAGUACUUGACAGAAAACUGACAUUGACUUAAGAACAGCCAAAGAAUCUUAUAGAAGCUAAAUGCAAUAAAGCAAAACAAUAAUCAGUUUUCGUCAUGACUGAGAUCACUGCAUGAAUCCAGCAACUGCAGGCUAAAAUAACUCGGGUGGGAAACCAACAUCUCUGUAAUGCUGUUGGAAAUUAAAGACGGUGUUAUGAGAGAUUGCCAGGAAAAUGGCUUGCAUUUAGUGCAAAGUAGUCAAUAUAUCCUGAAAUCCUAACGGUGGUAAAGGAUUUUAAUCUCUGAAUAUUACCUAACUCCUUUCUCAAACAUGUUUGUAUGGUCUUGGCUGCAUAUAGAACAAAAAUGCCAGAUGAAGAGAGAGAAUUUUCAGAAGUAUUUUCCACAGAGUCGAUAGUGAAAGAAUUUAUCACCAUGCAAUAACCUUGGGAAGAAAGGAAUAUGAUAACUUUCCUCCCCUCCCCUUUAAAACAAAAGCCUUGAGUAUAUUACCCCAAAGUUAACGAUACAUUUCCAACCUUUCAGCAAUGUUUACAUGCUGUUUGUAGGCAAUAUAAAAGCAUUUGUUCUUCAAGGGUGCACGGCAUUCUGUUUGUAGUGUUAUGUGGUUUGGCAAUGGGAGUUUGAAAACAUGGUUGCCCAACCUUGGUCCCUUUCUCCACUCUCCUCAUUUUCCUUCUCUCUGCACCGGGAGAGAAAUAGCACAGACAAAUACGUUAAGGAAGCUCAAUGUUUGAAGUUCUGCUCUUCUCUCUUCCGCCAUCACCCUCCCAUUCACUAAUCAAUUUCUAUCAAUUAAUCUGCCACAAACCCAGACAUGAGGUGAGGAAAACACCAGGGUGAGAGAGUUUUGAGAACCAAGGACCAUUUGUUUGUGAAGAAUAUCAGUGUGAGAUUAUAUUUUCUAGUUGCUAUUAAGCCUUCAGCUGAAUGUGCUUGACCCAUUCUUCCAUUGCACACAGAGGGUUCCAUCUCAUCUCUGUCGUUCACCUCCCCCCACUGCUGCAAAUGGCCAUUGAGUAAUCAUGGAGACAAACCAGUAGUCUGAGGGGUCUAACUUGUCUCUGAUGUUUGUGAUCUUCAAGUAGGGUGACUGGGAUAUGGGGCUAAUUAUGGGUACAAACGAGUGGUCAUCACUUCUGUUAAGGCAUCAACUAAUCGCACCACUCCUUUGUGCUUUAGCAUUAUAAUUUAAAUUAACUGCUGUGUGGGUGAUCAUGACAUCUUUCCAAAUUAAACACCAUAAUCGUGUUGAAUCUGGAGGGCCAGAUGUUGCUGGACUUGUGUAAAAAUCUCCCCUGAGUUAUUAUUGUAGAUAUAAAUAAGUAACAAUGGAUUCGCCUGUUGGCAGCUGACUUCACUACCUUCAGGUAAUCUCAAUUGUUUCCAGCCUUCGGAUGGUCAAUAAACCAAUUUUUGCAGUGGUGAGUUUUGGAAUAACAACAGCAAAACGUGGAACUCAACAUUGCUAUUAUCACAUUCAAGAUAUUCAGCAACACAACACAACAGAAUCUUUGUCUAGUGCACGGUUUCUGAAUUCUAAAAGCAUGUCCCAUUGAAACCCAUCUCUGUAAAACCGCUUGCUCUAAGGCUGCCAUACUAUUUAAAACUCGCUCUUCUUUAAACUAGUCACGUUGCUUUGUAAUGGGAAGUUUCUCCUGGAGCAGAGUUGGACUGAUGGCUGCCAAGGAGUUGUGAUGCAUCAGUGCUGUCCGAUUAUGGUCUUCAGCAGUCGCUAUGGAGCUGGGACAUGCUGAUUUCCUGUUCUCCAAUCAUUUACAACACUUUGUGACAGUUUUUUUUUAAAAAGCUCUGCAAUGUUGCACAGAUGUCCUUUCUCCAUUCCACCCCACUCCCCUCCCCCAGGGGCAAGCUUUGGGCAUAAAUUUUCAUUGGUCUUCUCCCAAAAUCCAGCACUGCAUCACUGUUGUGAUAUUAAGUGCUUCAGUGUUGACUGGAGAAGUUCCUUUUCAGUGGGCCAUCAGUCUGUGGAGUUCUCUUCCCCAUAAAGCAGUGGAGGUUGGCCCAUUAAAUUUAAUCAAAGCUGAGUUAGAUAGAUUUUUGAUGGACAAGGGGGGCAGACAGGAAGGUGGCAUUGAGACCAGAACCAGAUUAGCCAUGAUCUUAUUGAAUGGCAGAGCAAGCUUGAAGGGCUCGAGAACCUGGUUGCUUGAUUUUUCAAGUGUACAGUGAUAUUUUCAAGGAGCAAUAUCCUUUCCCUACAACAUACAAGGGACAAACCCUGGUUGGAUCUCUGGACUAAUUUGUGAUGGCGGAAUGGGGGGUGUUGUUGGCAUAGACUAAUUUGGGCCAUUUCCAAAGUCACUCUCACACAUUAAGAGCAAAGAAACAAAUCUGGGUCAGAUACAUUGUCUGGCAAAGGCUUUGCAUCAUUUGCUAAUUAUUCAAAUUUGAAUAUAAUUAAAUCCAAAUUUUGGCUACUUGUGUCUCUGAACAUUCCAGAGCUGAUUCUGUGUAUCUGAUAAGUUUUUUUUAAAUUUUAAACUAUAUCAUUGAUCUGAUUGUGGCCUUAAUGCCACUUUUCCUGCCUACAUCCUUUACCCUUAGAUUCUUAACUAACAAGGGAAUCAAUUUAACUCUGCCUUAAAAACAUUCAAAGACUUUGCCUCUACUGCUCUCUGGGAAGUGUGUUCCACAGUCUCUCAACCAUCUGAAAGAAAAAAUUUCUCCUCAUUUCCAUUUUAAAUGGGAGACCUCUUAUUUUUAGACUGUAUCCCCUGGUUCUGGUCUCUCCCACAAAGGGAAACACCCUCUCACCAUCCACUCUGUCAGAUCCCCUCAGGAUGUUAUAUAUUUCAAUAUGAUCACCUUUUCUAAAAUUUCUUCUCCCGGCUCCUAUGGUUAAUCUCGUAUAAAAACAAACUCCUAUUUGGACCCCGCAUCAAAGACAGCUAAUCCUUUAAUAGACUCUUUUAGCCUGUGAACUUUGAAUCUGCCACUAUGCUUUUGAAACUCAGCCAAACAUUCAUAAUGACAUAUUGCUAGCCCUUGGCUACAAAGAGCUCAACUGAAACUGAAUGAAUAGAUGCUAAUGUAUCGCUGACAAGAGACAUGUCUAAGCUUUUCAUCUUGCAUUCAUCAGGGCACUCGCAAGAAUACCAAUAUA